UGGUCUUCGCCUUCGGGAAUAUGCAAAGUCGAAAAACACUUCAACUUCCAAGAAUAUUUUCAGUGCUUUUCUUGUUUCUGCUAUCGCUCGCCUACGGCUACGGAAGCAAAGCUUCUUCGCAGUGGAUUGCGGAUGACGAGAAGCGACUGGUAAAUGUUCUCUUCAGCAACUACAGCAAAGUUAUUCGCCCUGUUAUUGACAAGAAAUCUCCCGUACCGGUCUUCAUGGGGAUAGCAUUGACCCAAUUGACUGAUUUGAUUGAAAAAGAUCAAAUUCUCAUCACUAGUGUCUGGCUUCGACUGAAAUGGACGAACAGUUUCUUGACGUGGAAUUCCUCACACUAUGGUGGCAUUGAUUCAAUUAAUGUUGAUCCUGAGAUGAUCUGGUUGCCUGAUAUUGAAUUAUAUAAUAGUGCAGAUGGGCAUUUGUCAGACAGUUUCAAAAAGAAGGUCAUCAUCAAAUCGACUGGGCAAAAUAUUUGGUUCAUUCCAGUAGUUCUACGCAGCUUUUGUGAAGUUGAUAUCGAAUAUUUUCCAUUUGAUGAGCAAACCUGUCCUCUUCGGUUUGGGUCGUGGACUUAUCAUGGUUUUGAAUUAGAUUUUAAGUUGAUGCAGGGCGGCGAGGCCACCGAUCUGAAAAAAUAUAAAAGUAGCGGGGAGUUUGAACUGGUAACGUUUAGCGCUGAUAGAGAGACCAAUACAUACAGCUGUUGUAAGGAACCUUACAUCAAUCUCGUCUUCACAAUUCAUUUUCGUCGUAAAAUGCUGUUUUAUGUAAAUAAUUUAAUCGUUCCGUGUAUCCUCAUCACCAUCGCUUCGCUGUUCACGUUCAUCUUGCCUCCGAACACCGGCGAGCGUGUCACAUUAGUUAUCACCACUCUCCUAUCACUCACUGUCUUCAUGCUUAUGAUCGCCGAGAACACGCCAACGAAUUCCGACGUCACGCCGAUGAUUGCAAAUUUUUUUAUGGCUAGUAUGAUGGAAAUUGGACUGGCCUUAGUAAUAACUUGUCUAAUACUGAAUGUCUACCACUCUACUCGUCAUUCGCUUCGAUUGCCUCGCUUCUUACGGGUACUUGCUUUGGACGUACUCGCCCCAGUGCUCUUUAUAGCCACGCCGAAGUCCAAAAAAUCUUCCACAUCUUCAGUUUCGAAGCCACACUAUUCUCCAACGGACACGAAAAACAAUGGGUUUUUGCUGACUCAGACACUACGUGAAGUUAAUCACGAUCAUAAUCGCCACGAUCGACCCAUGAACGGUCAUGUAAGAAGUCCUGCUAUGGACUCACCUGAAGAUGUUAUUUAUCGUCACCAGGAAGCCGACGAUAACUCGGAUUCUGAUGCUGAUCGCACCAUUGAUCGUCACGUGACCAUACAAUGCACGUGCCGCGGAAAUCCCGGAACUACUACGCAACAAAAGAUGUUAAAAAGCAUGCAGUAUUUAGCCGCGCGGGAGGCUGAGCGCGAGAAGCAGGAGGCGGUUCUUGAUGAGUGGGAAAUUCUGGCGAAAGUGGCAGAUAGGUUUUUUCUGGUUUUGUUUAUUAUAACUAUUACUUGCACAUCGCUACUGAUUUUCACCAGGGCACCUAGACAUGACGAGAAAGGCAUCUAAGACAGUAAGACAUUGUGCGGACUCGCCGGUGGUUAAAUUCGUAUUGAGUAAAAAGUGGCACAAGCGAAAAAAAAUAAACUUCGCAAUUAAAUGAUUUACUUGUAAAUGCAGAGCUGUUUGCAGAUAUAAUAAAGUGUUCGUUUUCUUUACCAUAAUGAAACCCAACCACUGUUUACUGCAGUGUAUACUUGGACAGAUGAUAGAGGCGAUUUCACGAAUGACGGUGACCGGUGCAGACUAAAAGGAAUGUUCUGUCUGUGACAUGCAUGAAAAUAAGGUUUGCGGCGAAAAAUAAGUUCCUGAGGCUAAUUCGUUAACUUUAUUGUAGAAUGUACUAUUGUAGAGGCACACUACCUCGACUUAUGACAACCUCGCAAGCCAGGCUUUUCAUAUGACACUAAUUUUUACUGAGUUUGUCGUUUUGUCACUGUUAUGUCUUUACAUCACUUUAUCUUUAACAGUAGGCUUGGCGAAUCAUGGUAAUGUAUCAUAAGAGUGGACUCAAUUAAAUCAAAAUGAAUAAAAUAGUUAUAAAAAUAUUCAAGGCCGUAUAAUUGAUUUACAUAAACCCAAGCGGUUCAAAGUAACGGACAAUUAAUUAAGUGAGCUUGCGUCAAUGAAAAUGGGCCGCAGCAGUGAACAGUAAUUAAUUAGCAUAUUUUGCAACCUAAC